AUGUUCGACCUCUUCGCGAUGCUCUUAUCCUCGAUCGCAUCCUUCCUCUUCCCCAUCUUCGCCUCCUACAAAGCCCUCAAGACGUCGGAUCCCGCCCAGCUGACGCCAUGGCUCAUGUACUGGGUCGUCUUUAGCUGCUGUCUGCUGGUGGAAUCCUGGGUCUACUUUAUCCUUGCGUGGGUCCCAUUCUAUGGCUACAUCCGCCUUCUCUUCUUCCUCUACCUGAUCCUGCCGCAAACCCAGGGCGCCCGCGUCCUGUACGAGCAGCACGUUCACCCCUUCCUGCGCGAGAACGAAGCGCAGAUCGACGACUUCAUCGCCAGCGCCCACGAGCGCCUCAAGGCCGCCGGCAUCGACUACUUCCGAAAGGCGAUUGACUACCUGAGGGUUAAUGUCCUCGGCCUCCCGCCGUCCGAGCCCGAGCCUGCCACCCCUCCGCCCAGCGCCUACCAGAGCUACACGCAGUCGCUGCUCGCUCGGUUUAGCAUUCCUUCGGCGGCCACGCCUGCUGGCGCCGCAAAUGUGGGAUCGGAUCUCUUUGGUCUGCUGGCCAGCGCCGUGAACGCGGCGACGGGCGGCUCGGGCAGUCGGACCGAUGCUGGUAGCUACUCGGCGUCGUCGGUGGUCCCGUCGCACAUACAAGAUUCGAACGAGAGGAUGACCUUCAUCGCCUCUCAGCGAGACCGCCUCAGCGUCCUCCUCACGGCCCUCGAUCGGGAAGCUGCGCAGCUUCAGCGGAACAACGGGCAGUCGCAGUCGCGAUCGCGCUCCAGGCACAUGGACAGCGAUGAGGAGGUCACGCAGCGGCCCCCCAGCGGACUCAGCGGCUGGAGCGGACUAAGCAAGAGCCGCAGCGAGACGGAUUUCGAGAAGAUUGACGCCGAGAGCGGGGCCGAGGACGAGUCCAACCUUCGGCGCCGCCAUGCCGGAGGCGGCGAGGGUGGCGGCAGCGGCUCAUGGAUGCCCUGGGGGGGCCGCGGUGGACAGCCGGGCGCAGGCCAUAUCUCUGGACCAGAAGAAGACUAG